CUUGACCUUUCGAAAAUGGCGGCCUACAUGGCCAGGUUGACUUCGUCGCAAAUGAUUAUCCAGCUUCUAAGCUUGAUGAAUGGAAAUACAUUUUUGGAUUUUUUUAGAAGUUAGUUGGUAAUAGUGAAAAAAUCUAAUGAUAUUCAAGCUGCAGAACAUCAAAAGGUUUAGCAAUUUAGCAAAAUUUGACAUUCCUGGGAAAAUGCGUGUGCUAAAUGUUGCUGAAAAAAAUGAUGCUGCAAAGUCCUUAGCACAUUUAUUGUCACAAGGUCAUUGCAGAAAGCGUGAAGGCUUUUCAAGGUUCAAUAAAAUUUAUGAAUUUGAAUAUCGUUUUUUAAAUCAAAAUGUCACAAUGACAAUGACUUCUGUUUCUGGACAUCUUCUUGGCUUGGAGUUUAUUGGAAAUUUCAGAAAAUGGGGUGCGUGCAAUCCAGUUGACUUAUUCAGUGUUCCUGUAGAGAAAUACUGUCCUCAGAACUACACGGACAUCAAGAGGACUUUAGAGAAUGAGAUAAAAGGCUGCCAAUACUUAGUGAUAUGGACAGACUGUGAUAGGGAAGGAGAGAAUAUUGGCUUUGAAGUCAUUCAAGUUUGUCAAGCAGUGAAGCCUAACAUUAAAGUGUACAGAGCAAAAUUUUCAGAGAUUACACAGAAAGCCAUCACCAGAGCUAUGAAUAAUCUUGUAGAGCCUGAUGCCAGAAUAAACGAUGCAGUAGAUGUACGACAAGAACUGGAUCUGAGAAUUGGUGCUGCAUUCACACGCUUUCAAACACUAAGGCUUCAAAAGAUAUUUCCUCAAGCAUUGGCAGAACAGUUGGUCAGUUAUGGCAGUUGUCAGUUCCCAACACUUGGCUUUGUCGUGGAAAGGUAUAAGCAAGUUCAAUCAUUCAUUCCUGAGCCUUUUUGGAAGCUCAAAGUGAUGCACCAGCAUGAUGAUGUGACUGCUGAGUUUAGCUGGAAAAGAAAUCGCCUGUUUGAUUUGUCUGCCUGUCAAGUACUUUAUGACAUGUGUAUUGAAAAUCCUGUAGCUACUGUGGCGGAAGUAAAUAGUAAAAACAAAAGUAAAUGGAGACCUCCAGCUUUGGACACUGUGGAACUGGAGAAACUAUCAUCCAGAAAGUUGAAAAUCAAUGCAAAAGAAACAAUGACCAUUGCUGAGAAGCUUUAUACUCAAGGUCUUAUUAGCUAUCCACGUACAGAAACAAAUAUCUUCCCCAAAGAUUUGGAUUUGGUUUCAUUAGUACAAGAGCAAACUGGAGAUUCUAAUUGGGGAGAAUUUGCUCAGCGCGUGUUAGAACAUGGUCCAAACCCAAGAAAUGGAACAAAGACUGAUCAGGCUCACCCACCUAUACAUCCUUUAAAGUACAGCAACAACUUGCAGGGCAAUGAUAGAAAAGUGUAUGAGUUUAUUGUUCGACAUUUCUUGGCAUGUGUGUCUCAGGAUGCUCAAGGUCAUGAAACUGUAGUUGAGAUCAACAUAGCAGGAGAAAGUUUUACAGCACAAGGUUUAAUGAUUCUGGCUCGUAAUUACCUAGAUGUCUAUCCUUAUGAAAAAUGGAAUGCCAAAGAAAUACCAAUCUAUUACCAAGGUGAUCAGUUUGAGCCUAAUUCUAUUGAGCUUGUUCAUGGAGAAACAACUGCUCCUCCAUUGUUAACAGAAGCAGACCUUAUUGCCUUAAUGGAAAAGCACGGUAUAGGUACAGAUGCAACACAUGCCGAUCACAUUGAAACAGUCAAGUCUCGUAUGUAUGUUGGCUUAAGGGCAGAUGGUAGAUUUGUUCCUGGUCAGCUGGGCAUGGGUCUGGUAGAAGGUUAUGACAAUAUGGGCUAUGAGAUGUCUAAGCCUCAUCUACGUGCUGAACUAGAAGCUGAUUUAAAAUUAAUUUGUGAAGGAAAAAAGACUAAAGAGGAAGUCUUAAGAGUACAGAUUCAGAAAUAUAAAGAAGUUUUCAUUGAAGCUUGUAGACAGGCUCAAAAACUAGAUGAAGCUUUAUCUCAGUAUCUUGGAGAAGCCCAACCAGUGGCUACCUCUGAAGCUGUUACUGAUGCCACUACAUCCAUAGUUAUGAAGUGUCCUAAAUGUGGGAGACCUAUGUACUUGAGAUCCAAGAAAGAUGGUAAAGGGUACUAUAUUGGCUGUUCAGCAUAUCCUGACUGUAGAGCCUGUAUUUGGUUGCCUGAUUUUAUUCUUCAAGUUUCAACAACAGACCAGAUUUGUGAGAGAUGCCAACCAGGACCAGUUGCAAAGCUGCAGUUCAAAUUCAAGCCUGGAAGUGUACCACUCUCUAUAUCUAAUGAUUACAUAGGGUGCAUUGGAGGAUGUAAUGAAAUGUUAAAUGAAACUUUGGGCAUCAGAUCUACGCCAAGCUCUUCCAGUCAAAGUCAACCUGCUUUGUUUCCUAGAACUGACAUAACCAUCCACACGCCUAGGACUACAAGUCAGCAGAACAAUACUUUGACUCAAAGGAACAGUGGUGUCAGAGGUGAACGCAUCCAGAGCAUAAACACUGGUGCUACUAGUCAGUCUAGAAGUUUUCAUACUUCAAACCCUGCAAGUUCAGUAAGGCCACUGCUAAAACAAAGUGAACUCUCAUUUCUUGGGACAAACAAAAAGACUGUCACCAGUAUCAGCGCUGGUUCUGCUCCAUCAAAUGCUUUUAGAGCACCGCAAGCAUCUAUUAGACCUCUAAGAACUCCUUUGACUGUCAUGGACAACAGUUUCAAUGCAGCUAGAAUGCCACCUACACCUAAACUUAUGAGCAGCACAAACUUUAGCACUUUUAGUGAUGCUAGUGACAAGGCAAUAGUCUGUUCUUGUGGCAAUGAUGCUGUUAUUCUGACAGUUAGAAAAGAAGGACCUAACACAGGCAGACAGUUUUACAAAUGUUCAGGUGUUAAUGGUUCCAACUGUAAUUUUUUCCUUUGGGCAGACGAUAGCUCUGAGCAGCCUCAGAGUCAAAGCACUAGAUUACCUUUGUCUAGUGGAAAUCACUUUACAAGUUUAGCAGUACCUAAUAGAAACCAGGGAUCUUCUGGUGGUAGUAAUAGAAAUAGUGAAGACAAUGAGGUCCUGUGUAAAUGUGGUAUCCCUGCAAAAUUUCUCACAGUUCAAAAGCAAGGACCUAACACUGGAAGACAAUUCUAUGGGUGUAGUAAACCCAGGGAGCAGUCUUGUGGGUUUUUUCAAUGGGCUGAUGAUAGUGCGACCUCUUCUGGCAGCCAGUUUCCAGCUCCAAACUUUGGGAAAUCCCCUUCCUUUCAAACAUCUGGUCAACUUAACAAAAGAAAAAGGUCUUCAGCAGAUUCUGAUGGAGUUCCAAAACAGAGGAAACCUCCAACAUGUGGAUACUGUGGACAACCAGGUCACAAAAAGCCCAAGUGUCCUGAGAGAACAGAGGAAUUUUAAGCUAUUCACUAUUACAGAUAAUUAUUUCAGCUGUAGCUGUGAUAUUUGUGUACAUCUUUAAUGUCAAUAAACGACAUUUUGGACAUUCACUAUUACAUCUAGUAUUUGGUAUACUAGAAAGUGCUCAAACAUUUAUAACAUUAUAAUUUUUCGAAAUUCUUUAGAAAAUUAUUUUUUUUAUUACUUUGAUUGAUUGUCUAAAAAGUAUUCAAAUAUAACCAAUAACAACAUUCAAUAUGAAUGUCUCUAAAGGUAGUCCAAGACAAGUGACUUUGAAAAUUAUCUCUCAAUAAAUAUUCCUAGACAACCAACAGACUUGACUCCUUUUAUUGUCAUUAUUUGUUUUCCAGUUUACAUCUACUCUAACCUUGAUUGACAGAAGGCCAGUAAGCUUUAAUAUUAAAUAGUUUUUCUUGUAAUAAAUGGUUACCAAUAUAUCUGGUGAACAAAAAUUUAUGUAAAAUUAUUGUAUCCUUUAUUAUUUAUGUGAAGUUGUUUUAACUAAUGAAUGUAUAGAUCAUUAGAUAAGAAGUAUUAAAUUAAUACUAUUUAAUAUUAUUAAUACACUAUGCAGUGUGCUUUUUUUAUUUAAACUCGUAUACUAGCAUUUAAUAACUUCCCAAAUAAAAGAUUUCUUUUUUUGUACAAUUCUAUGACAUUUUUUGUUGCAUGUAAAUAAACAUUUUUUUUCCAUUGUCA